GUCACGCCCACCAUCAGACCGACUGGCACGAGGAGGACUACAAAUAAGACCGAGAUAACUCCGACGAGUGAUACAUCAGUAAACUCUGACCGCGAGAUCUGAAAACACAGUUUAGACAAAGAACAAAGCAGAAGUCAUGGCUCAAGCUCUGGACGUUGAUCGCUGGAACCUGGAGUGUGAGUUCAACAACAUGGACCACCGUACUGAUCUCAACGGGGGGGAUCGUCUCGUUGUGAGGCGAGGCCAACAGUUCACGAUCAGCCUGUACCUUCGCUCUGGAGGCUACCAGCCAGGAGUCAGCUCUCUUGACUUUGUUGCAGAAACGGGUCCUCAACCGUCCGAGAAGUACGGCACCAGGGCCUCCUUCGGUCUCUCUUCCCACGUUGACACUUCCUGCUGGAGCGCUGCGAUCACAAGCCCCCCCGGGGACAUGGUGGCCUUGUCUGUCUGCUCAGCCCCAGAUGCACCUAUAGGCCGCUACACCCUGACCCUGGGGCGAUCAGGACGCAUUGAGUUUAUCCUGCUCUUUAACCCCUGGUGCCCAGGAGAUGCAGUGUACAUGGACAAUGAGCAGAGUUUGGCAGAAUAUGUGUUAUCUCAGGAUGGAAUUAUCUUUCGAGGCGACUACAAACAUCCCAUACCAACUCCAUGGAACUUUGGCCAGUUUGAAAGUGGAAUCCUGGAUGUGUGUCUGAGGAUUCUGGAUAUGAAUCCUAAAUGUCUGAAGAAUCCUGGAAAAGACUGCUCGGGGAGGAGAAAUCCCAUCUAUGUCUCCAGAGUCCUCAGUGCCAUGGUGAACUGUAAUGAUGACAAAGGUGUAGUGCUGGGGAAAUGGACGGAUGGCUACGAAGGUGGUGUCAGUCCCAUGUUUUGGAAGGGCAGUGUGGAGAUUCUCCGCAACUGGGACACACAAGCCUGUCAGCCUGUUCGCUACGGACAAUGCUGGGUGUUUGCUGCAGUCGCCUGUACAAUUUCCAGGGCCCUUGGCAUCCCCUGCAGAGUCAUCACCAACUACCUGUCAGCCCACGACACCAACAACAACCUGGUGAUUGAACGCUACAUCAACGAAAAUGGAGACCUUGUUCAAUCCAGAGAGAUGAUCUGGAAUUAUCACUGCUGGGUGGAGAGCUGGAUGACCAGGCCGGACCUUAAAUCUGAUUUUAAUGGCUGGCAGGCCAGUGACCCUACACCUCAGGAGAAAAGUCAAGGAGUGUACUGCUGUGGCCCCGUCCCCGUCAGAGCCAUCAAGGAGGGCAAGCUCAUGUCCAAGUAUGACGCCCCGUUUGUUUUUGCUGAGGUCAACGCCGAUGUCAUCACCACAAUGAAGAAGAAAGACGGCAGCACAUCCAAAGUCACGACUACCACAGUGGUGGGCCAGAAGAUCAGCACAAAGAGUGUGGGCAACGAUGCCAGAGAGGACGUCACUCAUCUGUACAAGUACCCUGAAGGCUCAGAUGAAGAACGCGAGGUGUUUAAAAAGGCCAACCACCAAAACAAGCUGCUCCAUCAGCAGCAGCAGAACGGAGGACUACACGUCACCAUCAAGGUCACAUCAGACAUGAGGAAGGGCUGCGACUUUGACGUGUUUGCCGUCGUUACCAAUAACACACAAAGUGAAAAGAAGUGCCGCAUGGUGUUCGGCUCCUGUGCCGUGUCUUACAAUGGCUCCAUUGGAGAGAACUGUGGUUUUAAAGAUCUGCUCAAUGUUGAACUCUCACCUGGAGCAGAGAGGCGGGUUCCACUAAGGCUGAACUACUCUAAGUACGGCGGUCUGCUCACUGAAGACAACCUAAUCCGGCUGGCAGCUCUUCUGUUGGAUUACAGCACCAGCGAGCAUGUACUGGCAGUGAGAAACAUAGUGCUGGAGAACCCUGAAAUCAAAGUCAGAAUUCUGGGUGAACCAAAGGAGAAUCGGAAGCUGGCUGCAGAAAUCACCCUUCAAAACCCUCUACCAGAGCCGCUGGAAGACUGCUGCUUCAGCAUCGAGGGGUCCAACCUCACUGGGGGGCGCGUCAUCUCUGAGAGGAUGGGCUCGUCAGUGGGACCAGGGCAGGACGCCAAGGUGAAAAUCUACUUCACUCCCACCCAUUCUGGGCUGAGAAAGCUGGUGGUCGACUUCGACAGCAACAAGCUGUGUCACGUCAAGGGCUACAGAAAUGUCAUCAUUGGAAAAUAAUGGGUUCAAUACCUUUGCAGUGUGUAAUGCAACAUUUGUACUCUUCUAUUGAAACUGUCGAGCCGUUUGAAAACGGGAACCUGCUUGUGCAGUCGUGAUUCAUAUAUUUGAUUUUGAAGUAGCUCAGUGUAUAUUCCUUAUGGCUACAUGUAUAUCAGUUCUUUUAUUCAGGAUCACAGAUAUUGAUAUGUGACCUUAAAAGCACUUUGUAUUCAUUAUGUCAAAUCCAAUCAGAGCAUGCAAAACUUCACGAGAGAAUGUACCGUUUCUUUUCACAAAUAUAACUCAUGAUUUGUAUUUUUAGUACUAUGUACUAUUUUUAUACUUUUUCAGUGGUGCAAUUAAAGAGUUGUGUCUUCACAUUA